AUGGCAGCACUGGGUGACCCUAAUUCUCCAACAGGACUCGAACCUAAUCCUAAUGCCGCCCCAUCUAUUCCGGGUCUUUUCACUAGACAUCUCAACCCUAAUGCCAUUCCAUUUACACCACGGUCCCAUCAAGGCGCCCCAGCAAAUUCCUGGGUACGCUUUGGCUUUAUCAACAUUUGUAGCCUUGGGCACAAAGUCGACGCCCUGGAGCAGCUGAUCGCGAACCAGUGCUGGGACAUAGUCGGUGUUGCUGAAACAUGGCUUGAUGGCACAGUGUCUGAUGGAGAAAUCCGGAUCCCAAACUUCAGUAUUGCCCGUCAGGACCGUGCCGGUGGAAGAGGAGGUGGAACAUGUAUCUACUUCAGGUCGACCCUCCCCGUGAAGCCUCGCCCGGAUUUGACGGCGGAUGAUGUAGAGUGCACCUGGAUCGAGCUUAAAGGUGCCCGGGUGCCUCAUCUCUUAGGGUGUGUAAACCGGCCGCCAAGUGAAACAGUUGCGUUCUGGCCCAGACUAGAGACUGUCUUACAGGCAGCCACCAACAACACCGGAUCGGUCACUAUGAUGGGCGACUUCAAUGUAAAUGCUGACCCAGUUUCUCCUGGCCCACAAUUGCGCCACAUGCAUGACACGUGUGGAAGCUAUGGACUGCAGAACGUCGUGACAGCACCAACUCGUGUUCUGCCCCAAUGUGUGCGUGGAACCAUACUAGAUCUAGCCUUGGUCAACCAUGCCAGCUUAACAUCCUGGAACAUCGUACCAUGUGACAUCAGCGAUCACUUUGCUGUGAGUGCUUCACUCAGCUGUGCUACUGAAACGGAGGAAAACCAGUACUUCAGUGAUGAAUGUGUUGUCAACAAUCGCAAUCCAAGGAAGAUAUGGUCCCUGUUAAACUCCAUCACUGGCAGAGGAGGAAGCAAGCAAGACCCUGCAUGUGAUGUGAACAAGGUCAGCGUGGCAUUUAGCAACAUUGUAACUGACCCUGAUCGGCCAGCCCACUUGCCAUUACCGAAUGGACCCCCAGCUGAACACUCACUCAGCUGUCUGGGAACAGCAUCUUAUGCUGCUGUGAAUAAGCUUCUGCAAGCGAUAAUUCCGGUGAAGGCAACUGGCAGUGAUGGAAUACCUGGGCUGCUUCUCAAAUCCUGCAGUGAUAUCCUCACGCCGUCCCUCACACGGAUCUUCAAUGAGUCUCUUGAAACGGGCAUUGUACCUUUUGCCUUCAAGAAGGCCCUGGUCCGGCCUCUGUACAAGUCUGGAGACCCAACAUCCCACGGGAACUAUCGUCCAGUAUCCCUGCUGCCGAUUGCCUCAAAGCUGCUAGAGAAGCUCGUGCAGCGGCAGCUUGUGGCAUUCCUCGAUGAACACAAUGUUCUACCACCGACCCAAUUUGCCUUCAGGAAGGAUCACUCCACUGAACAUGCACUUGUGCUACUAACGGAUGGUAUUCUCACUGCAAAGGACUCUGCAUUGCCUUGCUGCAUCUGCCUACUUGACAUGUCAAAGGCGUUUGACAAAGUCAGUCACCCUACGCUGCUGCAGGACUUGUUCGACAUUGGCGUUUCUGGAACGGCAUUAAGUUGGUUUGCCAACUAUCUCAGCCAUCGAACCCAGCAAGUGCGCAUUGGAACCCAGGACGGACCCUGUAAUGCAUGCACAUGCGGUGUUCCACAGGGAUCCGUUUUGGGACCAAUCUUGUUCAGUGUAUACACGCGCGGCAUACCAGACGUUGCUGGUGGCGUGCCCACAGUACAGUUUGCGGAUGAUAUUGGCUUGUACUUCAGCCACCGGCUGCCUACUGAAUGCUCCGCGGCGCUUACCCGGGCAGUAUCUGCAGUGGCUGACUGGCUAGAGGAUCGCAACCUCAUCCUGAAAGCCAAGUCCUGA